AUGGCGGGGCCGUACCUUUCCCCCCUGGGGCCCCAGGCGGACAUUCUGACCGAGUACAUGUUCGGUCGUCGCCGCCAGGUCAGUAGACGCAACCGGACGACCUUCACUCCUCAACAGCUACAAGAAUUGGAGUCCCUCUUCCAGAAGACUCACUACCCGGACGUCUUCAUUCGCGAGGAGGUCGCCCUUAGGAUCUCCCUACCCGAAGCACGUGUUCAGGUUUGGUUCCAAAACAGACGAGCAAAGUGGCGGAAACAAGCGCGUCUGCAGCUGCUGCAAGACGCCUGGCGAGUGCGGUGCCUCGGGUUGGGAACCGCUGCGCCGCUUCUGCUGCGCCCCCCACCACCCGGAGUGGAGCGUCCUGAUUCGUCGCCGCCACCCCCACCACCGGCCGCACUCUCCGCCCCCCAGGCUCCCCCACCACCCGAGAAGCUGACGGACAACGCCGCAGUAGCGGUUUGCAGGGACUACCGCAUCCUCCCGCCGCACGGGUACUCCAUGGCAUGCGACAAAUCGCCGGACCGACUCAAGUGCGGCUGCGGUUCACCACCACCGCGGCCCUCCGCGAGUCCAUCGGAAACGGACUGCGGGCCAAUCAGGGAGCGGCCCCAGGAGGCGGAGAUGGACCUGACGGUGAAGGGUCCCCAUCCUGCGCACCACCCCCAGAUGUCGCCCCUGUUCCACCAUCACGUCCCAGGGAGCGCGCCCCGCGACCUGAGCCCACCAGGCCAGCUGGACGAGCCUUUGGACGCCACUCUAAACGGCCCCAAAAGCGGAUCGAAGCGGUCCUGA